AUGACGCUAAAGGAGGAGUUCCAAACGAGGAAUUUCAGCAUCUAUGCGCAAUGGCUCGGAAUUCUUUCCAUGAUUCUUUGCGUUGCGCUCGGCAUUGCCAACAUCUUCACCGUCCACCCCCUCAAGAUCAUCUUCUGCGCCUUUGCCUUGGCCUCGGCGCUCUUCAUCCUUUUCAUUGAGGUGCCCUUUCUCCUGCGCAUCUGCCCCACCUCCGGCAAGUUUGACGAAUUUGUCCGCAAAAUUUCUACAAACUACCUGCGCGCCGCCGCCUAUGGCAUCAUGUCUGCCAUUCAAUUCAUCAGCCUCAGCGUGACCACCAGCACCUUGAUCGUCCUUGCCGUUUUCCUCAUGCUCACGGCCCUGUGCUACCUCCUCGCCGCCAUUCGCGGCCAGGCCUUUAUUGGCAGCAAGACCCUCGGUGGCGCUGGUGUCGCCCAGAUGAUCAUCUAA